AUGCUCUUGACGGAUGUGAAGGGCGGUGUCGCCUACGGGGCUGGAUUUAAGCAACAAGAUAAGGAUGAUUUAUUGAGGGUCCACAACAACCUCCGAGCUCAGAUCGCCCUCGGCAAGUUCACCGCCAAGGGUGUCAAAAUGCCCGCCGCGGCUGAUAUGCUGAAAAUUAAAUGGAACACGACGCUAGAAUCCUCGGCCCAGGCCUACGCCAAUAAAUGCGUGUUUGAACAUUCAAAUACGACGGGAUUGGGCGAGAAUUUGUACAUGAGCUGGUCGUCGGCGGCGGAUACGAUAGAUGGGAAGGGCAACAAAUCCGCAACCGCCUGGGCCAACGAAUUCCAGGAGUUCGGUUGGUCCAGCCUCAAAUUUUCGAUUGAAGUGUUUGACACGGGAGUUGGACACGCGACGCAGAUGGCCUGGUCCGACUCGAGCCAAAUGGGAUGCGGGGCAACCUUGUGCAGCAGUGGACACAAUGUUAUCGUCGUAUGCCAGUAUACGAAACCUGGAAACUACCUGAAGACGAACGCCUACACGGCGGGCCAAACGUGUUCGAAGUGUCCGACCGGAACGAGUUGUGAAACGUCGACUGGCCUUUGUGCU